AUGGAGAAAAUCGCUCUGACCUUCAAGAAUCAGGACGUCCUCAAGGAUUGCAGUUGGUCGGUACAGACAGGUGAUCGAGUCGGAUUGGUUGGGGCAAACGGUGGUGGCAAAACAACACAGCUUCGUGUGCUUUAUGGAGAGCUUGAACCAGAUUCAGGCGACAUCGUCAAGUCAUCUGCUGACCUUCGUCUUGCAUUUUUGAGGCAGGAGUUCGUUGACGACCUGGUGCUGACCAGAACUUUGAAAGAAGAGUUGAUGUCUGUUUUUGGAGAAGAGGCAAAGGUGCUUAGCGAAAUCGAGGAGGCGGAAAACGAGCUCUCCCAGUGCAAGGAUGAUAUGGAGAAGAUGCAGACAAUCCUCGACAGAAUGCAGGAGCUGCAGAACAAAGCCGAUUCGAUGGGGGUGACGGGGCUUGAUGCAAGAGUGGAAAGGAUCAUGAACUUGAUGGGAUUCUCUCCAGAAGAAGGAGACCAGCUUGUUGCUGCUUUCAGUGGCGGAUGGAAGAUGCGUAUCGGUUUGGGAAAGAUUCUUCUCACUGAGCCAAACAUCCUCCUGCUCGAUGAGCCGACAAAUCAUUUGGACCUUGAAAGCAUUGAGUGGAUGGAAUCCUUCUUGAUCAAUCAGAACAUUCCAAUGGUCAUUGUGAGUCACGAUCGUGAGUUUUUGGACAGGGUCUGCACGAAGAUCGUGGAUUGCGAGCAAGGAGUCACGAAUACGUACGAUGGCAACUAUUCCCGAUUCUUGAAGUUGAAGAAGGAGAGAAUGGAAGCAUGGCAGAAGUCAUACGACAAUCAGAUGAAGAAGGUGAAAGCAGAGAAAGACUGGAUCAACAGGUUCAAAGUGGGUGCUCAGGCGUCUCAAGCUGCUUCGCGACAAGCCAAGCUUGAGAAGUGGAUGGCGUCUGAAGAGUUCUUUCGGUUUCCAUCUGCUCCUAGAAUGGGCAAUGCCGAAGCUGUUGUCAACGUAAAGAACCUGGAGCAUGGAUAUGAGAUGCAAGGGAAAGAAAUCCUCUUCAAGGAUGUGGAAUUCAACCUUGAGAAGGGAGACAGGGUGGCGUUGAUCGGACCGAAUGGUUGCGGGAAGUCAACGUUUCUGCGAUUGAUUGUAGGAAAGGAAGAGCCUCGAUCUGGCGAGAUCAAGCUUGGAGGUGGAAUGAACCUGGCUGUGAACUACUACGAGCAGAAUCAAGCUGAUGUUCUGGAUCCCGAGAUGACGGUCCUUGAAGUGAUCAAGGAAGCCUCUGAUGGUUCGGUGGAGUAUGAAGAGAUCAGGAAACUCUUGGGGCAGUUUUUGUUCAAGGGAGACACGGUCGAAAAGAAGAUCGCUAUGCUCUCAGGUGGAGAGAAAGCUCGCGUUGCCCUCUGCAGGAUGAUGCUUCGACCGGCCAACCUUCUUGUGCUGGACGAGCCAACCAACCACUUGGACAUUCCAGCCAAGGAGAUGCUGGAAGAAGCGCUCAAGUUCUACGACGGCACCCUGCUGGUCAUCUCUCACGAUCGAUACUUCGUGAGUCAAGUCGCCAACAUAAUCGCGGCCUUUGAGGACAAGAAGCUUGUUCGUUACAACGGAGAUUACAAGCACUACAUGGACCAGAAUGAGAAGUGGGCCAAACAGGUCGAGUCCAGGUAUGUCGACGGCUUGGAAGGCAUCCAAGAGCUCGUGCUGCCUGAGGUUGAGAUUGACAAGCCCAAGAAGACCAAGAACUUCGGCGGCAGUGCGGUGACGAGUGGCAGAAAGGACAAGGGAGUUAAGAAUGCAAAGCGCAUGCAAUGAGGGGAGACGCGAGUCUCUUGACUGAAGACGCUGAUUUCGGAGCUUUGUAGCAAGCGCAAGGAUUACGGCGACCCCGCGUAGUUGAGAACUUAGAGCAAGUGGACGAGAACACGCGGAUGAUGGCAGAUGAUGAAGAGCGAGUAGAUUUAUGGAAGAAUCUAACAUGAAUGCCUUGAAGAUGUAUGAUGUAGACGUCAUGCCGUCUGUCUUCGGGAAUAAAGGUUGUCAUGACGCCG